CAUUGCUAUAAGUACAGGUAAGUUGUUGUGCUAGAUGCCUGGAUUAGCGGUGGCCGACCCGCCUGGUCCCUAAUAUAGCACAAUAUUCAACUUCGUCGCUGACUGAUAGCUGAAACGAGGCACUUUUAACUUCAAAUUGUCCCUCUAAGCUGACUAGCGGCACAUGUUUUGACAAGUGCCACACAUGCACAAGCCAUCGCAAAUUGUGGUGCGCAAAGCAGACCCAAGCUGAGUGAGGCCUGCCUUUGUUGCAACCCCGGUUGAUGAAAUGUGACGAGACAAAGAAAAUCGUUUAUACAUGGGGUCUACGGAGCAGGAGGAAUCUUCGUAUUUCUGGCAAUCCGACAUCUUCAGCAGCUGGUCUGGUCCGUGCCUCGUCAACGAUGCCGAGAUGAUGAUGCGUCCCUUUAUCAAAGCGUACCUAGGUAAGCACAUGAAACCAGGAGCUUCGCACAACAUCUGCAGAGCGCCAGCAGGGUAUAUCAUGCACAAUGCCGGUACAUGCCAAGCAGGUACUGCAUUCUAUUCUCUUCUAUUCGUAGUGCUAUGCUCCCUAGAGGUGCAGGAGAGAGAGCGAGUUGUUAGUACUGCAUACAGAUAGCAUGACUACAUGCGUGCUAUUAAUAAAGUCGCUGCUGGUUGGUCGGCCUC